AUGGAAGAGGCACGUUCAGACUAUGUGGCCAUUGAUGGCGGCGGCGUCGUGCUCUUCCUGCGCGUGAAGCGAAGCUUAGGUAAGGGCGUGCUGACCGUGUCGGCUAAUAGAUUACAAAGUAAAGUCCUCAGCCGUUCAUUAACGUCGGAAAACGAUAAGGGAGGCGAACCGUUUUCAGUAGCGGCUGACGGGGGCCCGGCCGAGGCGCAGUUGGAGGAGAUGGCUUCAUACGUGAAUUUCGUGUGGGGCGAAGACGCGGCACUCAUCUCCCCACAAGACGUCCUGCGGAAAACGGAGGCCGACAACUUACCAUCACGGGUAAUGCCUGGAACGACCCGGACCGUCUACAUCUCAAAUAACGACACCUACACCAGCUCAGACGACGAUGGCCCCGCCGCCAGCGCCGGCAGCCGACCCCACCACCUCUCCGGCACCAUCUUCAGAGGCAUCGAAAAUAAAUAUUCGAUACAGGUUACGACCUCG